AUGCAUAUCAACUAUUUCAAUUUCAUUCUUUUAUUAGCAUUCAAAGUCAAUGCGAUUUCUUUACCUAGAAAUAUACCAACAGAGCUUUACCAAACUGUAAAAAUAUCGACUAGUAAUCUUGAUUCACCAAUUGUUCAAAAUCAAAAUGUUCACAACCAUACCAAGAGAGACUUACCUUUUUUUGAUCCAUUCGUUGGUGCAAAUGGUAAUGAUGGAACAACCACGUCUACUAACCAAGAUACAAAUGGCAACCUACCUAAAACUUCACCAAAUGUAGCACUGGAUUAUGGAAACUUCAUUGGAGGAAGUCUAGGCAACAUAGAAAGUUUCACUGGAAUCCCAUUUGCGGAACCUCCAGUCGGUCUUCGAAGAUUAACAAAUCCUAUACCUCCACUCAAUCAUUACUCCAACUUUGAUGCAACCAAACUACCUCCUGCUUGUCCACAAGCUUUACCACUGACUGGAAAUGGACUUGUAGAAAAUCUUUUGACAGAAGCUGAAUUGAUUAAUCAGUUUACUCCUUUGAUCGGUCCUGUAGGUGUUGGGCAAGAAGAUUGUUUGACACUUGAUGUACGUCGACCCAAAGGGAUCCAAAAGGGUGCAAAUGUGCCUGUGAUGGUAUACAUCUAUGGAGGAGCCUUUGAAUUCGGUGCAACAAAUGUAUAUGAUGGAUCGUCUUUAGUUUCAACAAGUAUUUCACAAAAAACACCUAUCAUUUAUGUGGCUAUGAAUUAUCGUUUGAAUGGCUUUGGAUUCUUAGGAGGAAAAGAAGUAGGUCAAGAAGGUGUUGGAAAUUUAGGAUUAAAAGAUCAAAGACUCGCAUUGAAAUGGGUACAGAAAUAUAUUGGAGAAUUCGGAGGUGAUCCAUCGAUGGUUACAAUCUUUGGUGAAUCAGCGGGUGCCAUUUCUGUUUCUCAACAACUUACAAUCAUGAAUGGAAAUCACGAAGGAUUAUUUCGUGCUGCGAUUUGUGAAAGUGGGACUGCUUCACCAAUCGAAUCAUUUGCUGAAGGAGGCGGUCAGAAAGAUUAUGAUACGGUUGUCAGUAGAUCGGGAUGUCAAGGUACACCGAAUACUCUAGAAUGCCUCAGACAAUUAGACUUUGAUACGUUAUAUCGAGCUGUUUCUAGUAUAGAUGGACCCGCCAAAGUGGAUGGUUUACCUUUUCGAUGGAUACCUAGAAUUGAUGGAGAUUUUAUUACUGAUACGAUGAAAGGAUCAAUAUCUAAAGGAGCUUACGCUAGAGUUCCUUUAAUAUCAGGAAAUCAAGAUGACGAGGGAACAAUCUUAACAGCUGGUUUAUUGCCACUCUUCAGCAAUGGUCCAUUACGCGAUUAUUUAGCCUCAACGUUUUUUCAGAAAGCCACAUCACAAGAAAUAGAUGAAGUCUUACGUUUGUAUCCUCAAGACCCUUCAGUUGGAUCACCUUACAACACAGGUUUUUUGAAUAUCUUGACACCCAUCUUUAAACAAGUGGCUUCGAUGUACGGUGAUAUUCAAUUCCAGGCACCUCGAAGACAGUUUCUUGAAGGCACACAAGCAAGUAUGCCCGUUUGGAGUUACAUUGACAAGGGCUUCAAACUAGUUCCCUACCUUGGAGCUUUUCAUGGUACAGACGUGGUGAAUGUUCUUGGAAUCUUAUCUGGAAGUCGUACAGUAGAAUAUCAAUCUAGAUGGAUUUCAUUUGCAAACACAAUGAAUCCUAAUGUAGCAGGAUAUCCUGAUUGGCCAAAUUAUGGUCAAGAUCGACAGAUGUUGGAAAUCGGACCGAAUGGAUCUAAAGGUACAAUUAUUGAUGAUUUUAGACAAGAAGCUAUACAAUAUAUCAAUGAUCAUGAUUCUGAUUUGGCCUUGAGACCUCUUUAA